AUGCAUGACACCAAAGUCACGGAUGGCUCGCUUUGCGAGAAGGAUAUCCAAGCUGAAUCAAGUGAAGAAAUCCAAAUCGAUCCGAUCGCAGAAAAAAAGCUUAUCCGCAAGUUGGACCUCAUCCUAUCACCUAUGAUGGUUAUAGUGUUCUUGGUGGCCUACCUUGACCGUUCCAACGUCGGAAAUGCUGCUAUUGCAGGUAUGAAUGAGGACCUGAACCUUACCGGCAACCGUCUCAAUGUCGCCGUGACCCUUUUCUAUGUGACAUAUAUCGCAUUCGAACUCCCUUCGUCACUUCUGCUGAAGCGACUACGCCCGUCUCGUCUGAUCCCUUUCUUCAUCAUCAGCUGGAGCGCUGUCAUCAUUGGGGCUGCAUUUGUCCAGAGUUAUGCUUCUCUCAUUGCUACACGCCUUCUAUUAGGUGCCUUUGAAUCUGGGCUGUUUCCCUGUCUCACCUUGUACCUCAGCAUGUACUACAGGCCCCUAGAGCAAGCUCGAAGAGUAUCGUAUCUUUUUGUUGCAUCUGCCUUGAGCGGCGCUUUCGGUGGACUACUGGCGUACGGCUUGACAAACCUGCAUGGUGCAAGAGGUCUUGCUGGCUGGCGUUGGCUGUUUCUCGUCGAGGGACUCAUUUCGAUUGUCGUAGGGUUUGCAAUGAUUUUCCUUCUUCCUGACAAUUUUGAGACUGCAUGGUGGCUGAAUGAGGACGAAAAGGCGCUCCUUCGCGCUAGACACGAAAAAGAACGACUCUACCAAGGCAAAUCGAUGACAACGGAUGCCAUGGACAAAACCGAAGUCAAACUGGCAUUCAAGGACCCCAAGCUAUGGCUGAGCGCUGCAUGUCAAUUUUGCGCAAACACCUGCUCCUUUGGUUUCUCGACGUUUCUUCCUGUAAUCAUCCGUGGAUUCGGAUACUCAAGCAUCCGCACUCAGCUUUUGACAGUACCAGUAUACAUCUGGGCCUCGGCGGUGUAUCUCUUUAUCGCUUUCUGCUCGGACUAUGUCAAUCGCCGCGCCUACUUCAUGAUUCCUUUGGCCUUAGUCACAUCGGUUGGUUAUGCUAUGAUGCUCGGAGUUUCAAUGGCAUCAACAGGUGUACUAUACUUUGCAACGUUUGUUACGGCCACCGGCAUUUUCUGCUGUGUUGGACUUAACGUUACAUGGGUUAUCAACAGCAAUGCUGGGUACUUCAAGCGCGCUACCGCUAUUGGUCUGCAACAAGCCAUUGGUAACUCAGCGGGCAUCAUGGCUGGUCAGAUCUACCGUCUCUCCAAUAGCGAUGGUCGAUACGUAAUUGGCCAUGCGAUAUCCAUCUGUGCAAUCACAAUAGCAGCUUGCGGGUACGGCAUCAUGUACAUUGUGCUUCGCAAGAUCAACAGGAAGAGGGAGAGAAUGACUAUUGAAGAAAGGAUCAGGGAGAUUGACUCUGGGAAAUUGGGCGAUCGUCACCCGGAUUUCCGUUAUACUUUAUAA